AUGGAUAAGAGUAAUGGUUUACGAGUGAUUCUGUUUCCACUUUCCAUACAAGGUUGCAUCAACCCCAUGAUUCAGCUCGCCAAGAUCCUCCACUCAAGAGGUUUCUCCAUCACUGUGAUCCACACGCGCUUCAAUGCUCCAAAAGCUUCAAACCACCCUCUCUUCACCUUCUUACAGAUCCAAGAUGGCUUGUCUGAAACAGAGACAAGAACUCAAGAUGUCACACUCCUCUUAACGCUUCUCAACCGAAGCUGCGAGUCUCCGUUUCGUCACUGUUUGACCAAACUUUUGCAAUCCGCAGACUCAGAUACAGGGGAAAAGAAAGAGAAGAUUAGCUGUUUGAUUGAUGAUUCUGGAUGGAUCUUCACACAACCCAUAGCUCAGAGUUUGAAUCUCCCGAGAUUGGUCCUUACUACCUAUAAUGUCUCCUUCUUUCGGAAUCAUUUUGUUCUUCCUCAGCUCCGACGUGAUGAAAUGUAUCUUCAUAUACAAGAUUCAGAACAAGAUGAUCUAGUUCAGGACUUUCCACCGCUUCGAAAGAAAGAUCUAAGACGAAUUCUUGAUCAAGAAACGGAGGUACUUGACUCGUACUCAGCUAUGAUUUUAGAAACGACAAAAGCGUCGUCAGGUCUAAUAUUCGUGUCCUGUGAAGAGUUGGACCAAGACUCACUGAGCCAAACACGUGAAGAUUUUCAAAUCCCGAUCUUUACGAUAGGGCCUUCUCAUAGCUACUUCCCAGGCUCUUCUAGUAGCUUGUUCACGGUGGACGAUACUUGCAUGCCAUGGUUAGACAAGCAAGAAGACAAAUCCGUGAUUUACGUGAGUUUCGGGAGCAUAGCGACCAUUGGCGAAACAGAGUUCAUGGAGAUUGCUUGGGGUCUAAGAAACAGCAACCAACCCUUCUUGUGGGUCGUACGGCUUAGUUCGGUUGAGCAAGAUACAGAAUGGAUCGAGAAAAUCCCGAAAAAGUUCAUCGAAAUGCUUCAUGAGAAGGGAAAGAUUGUGAACUGGUCCCCGCAACAACAAGUCCUAAAGCAUCGAGCCAUUGGAGGAUUCUUGACACACAAUGGUUGGAACUCGACGGUUGAGAGUGUAUGUGAAGGCGUCCCUAUGAUCUGUUUGCCUUUUCAAUGGGACCAAUUGUCAAAUGCAAGAUUUGUUAGUGACGUAUGGAUGGUAGGGGUUCAUCUAGAGGGUCUGAUUGAGAGGGAUGAGAUCGAAGGAGCGAUAAGGAGAUUACUGUCGGAAACUGAAGGGGAAGCGAUCAGGGAGAGGAUGAAACUUCUUAAGGAGAAGGUAGGACGAUCACUUAAACCAAAAGGUUCGUCACAUCGAUCGUUACAGCAUUUGGUCGAUUUUAUAUCAUCUUUCUAG